ACAUCUUCAUUAAGGCAGCCACGGCCUCCGGUUGGGCCUGCUCAUGGCCAAUGGGGCCUGCCAGGGACCAGGACCCCUGUUCCCCCUCAACGUGGGCCACCUACUCGACAGCCCUCCGCCCUCAUAAAAGUCGAGGGGCUCGUAAAUGACACCAGGGAUCAGGGGGUGGGACACUUUACCCUGGUUCAACUCAAUCAUUGGGCUGCUCUCAUCCCCGAUGCAUGGGUUGUGUCGACUAUAUCCCAGGGUUAUUCCAUACAGUUCCGCCGCCACCCUCCCAUCCCUGGUCGAGUCAGAAUGACAGUCAUUCACGAUCAGGUGAAAACUCUGGCAAUGCGCACAGAAAUAGACUCCUUGCUGGCUAGGGUGCCAUUGUGUUACUCAAAGUGUUUUUUAGUACCGAAGAAGACUGGCGGCUUACGCCCAGUCUUAGACCUGAGGAGUCUGAAUGUGUUUUUAAAGGUGAUCCCCUUUCACAUGUUGAGUGUCAAGGAUGUACUUCAAGCGGUCUCUCCAGGCAACUGGUUCACCUUGGUCGACUUGAGGGACGCUUAUUUCCGUGUGUCGAUUGUGCCCCGUCACUGGAGGUUUCUCCGUUUUGCAUUUCAGGAGAAGCAUUUUCAAUUCAGGGUUCUCCCGUUCGGCCUCUCCCUGUCUCCUCGUGUAUUCACCCGGUGCAUGGCUGCAGUCUUGCAUCCUCUGCAGGCCAGAGGAUUGAGGAUUCUGCCUUAUUUGGACGACUGGCUGAUCUGUGCACCAACAAAAGAUCAGGCCACGGCAGACACACUAAAGGUGCUCAGUCAUAUAGACCGAUUGGGUCUUCGCGUGAACUGGGAGAAAAGCAACUUUGUUCCAUCUCAAGAGGUCACUUUUCUCGGCAUCGUGUUGAACUCCCUCACGAUGACCGCUUGCCCAUCACCAAGGCGUGUCAGUGGGAUUAUGCAAACACUACCCACCUUCCUGCCUGGUCAUUCACCCCUCUCGUUGCUUACCUCUGCCUGUUGGGCAGGUUAACUGCCGCAUCUACAGUGGUUCCCUUAGGUGGG